CUUCACUUUCAGCGCUUGUGUCACCUGUAAGUAGUGGGAAUCCGUGUCAUGAUGGUUGCAGUUGAUCGUAUCCCUUAUUCUUUUUCAAAUCUCGUCAUUCACGCAGGGCACCACCUGCCUUAAUGACAUCCCGGCUUCCCAUUGUCAAAAACCCACUUGGGCCAAUCAUACAUAGAAAGACUCACACUCCAUGAUCUAGGGCUUCCUUCUUUUUGAAACCCGCAGCACCUGCUACGAUGCUGGCCUCAUUAUCGCGACCACAACGGCAGCCUCUUCGACUGUUGAUAGACUCCUCGUUUCCUCUGGUUCAUAGUUCGACCUCCCCUGAACCUACUUCUUCUCCCUCGUCCGAAUCCAGUUUAACAUCAUCGGGUUUGACGCCAAGCACAGGCGUUCCAGACUGGUUCAUCUGCAACGUGAUAUGUAUGUUUGACUUCGAGUCAGACGAUCCAGAUCAUCUCUCGUUCACCCGCAACGAGAUUCUCACCGUCGUGAAGAUGGAAGAAUCAGGUUGGUGGGCUGCUAUGCGUCCCAAGGGGGACCGUCUCGGGUGGAUUCCAAGCUCUUUCGUAGAGCGUCUCACAGAAACAGCCGUAGAAGAGCAAGAUAAGGAGGAUAUCCACACCUGGAUUCGUAAUCACGACGAAGACAACGCGAGAAUAUCCGAAUCAGAGACUGAUUCGGAAUGCAUACAAGUCGGGGACACGUUGAACUCUGUGUCGGAUGUGGUGAAACCCCUGUUGCUACCCAGUAACCAACUGGGUCACCGUGAUUUACGACGGAGCAACGAGAUCUAUGACUCUUUCUUCAGCUUGUCCGAUGAUGAGCCCUCACCACACGGUUUAACCCGUCCCUGCCCUUCUCCUUUGCACAGCAUAUCACAACCCCCGGCCACCCCGCCUAGCCCAGUGUCCGAAGUCCCGACUAAACCGCUCGGCAAACUCAACGACCUACAAUUAUCAUGCUUCAGUAUCGAUACAGGACGCUCUCUUCCAUUGUCGCCUUAUCCCAACCGUCCCCGCCGUCUUGCGGUGCUUGUUAAUGACCGCGAAUCUUUGUCGUGCCUUUCUGCUAUCAUCGACAAGGAACAUUCCCCUGUUUUCCAUGCAUUUGACAGUCCGCAGGUGAAAGAGACGUUUGACGCAUUCAACAGGAGGUGCACGGGAAGUUGAUUUCUUGAGUUUCUAUGAUACCCAUACUCCUCUCUACCUCCUCAUCACAGCUGUAUUCAGUAUUAGAUCUCGACUGGCUUGUAUUUUUGGCCUGGACCAUACGUGUAGCAUAUCAUAUUACCCGUAGUGCACAGGUUGCAUUCAUCAAAACUGACUCAUAAUAGAUUCAUCAUCCCGGGCUGACCCUGUCCCCAACUUCUGGCCUGAUAUGUGUCACAAUGAAUAUGUAUCCUAGAAAGUUCAGCAUUGAAGUA